AUGCAUAAACGCGUGGUGUUGGUGAGCGCGGCGGUGGCCGUGCUCGGCCUCGCCGCGGCCGCCUUGGGGUUCGUUGCGGAGAGCACCAAGUCCAAGGCGGGCUUACAGUUUGCACCUGGCUUCGACGGGCAGCGCUGCGUGUACCAGCGCACGCCGGCGCUCGGCUGCGGCGUCGCCGCGGCGCUGCUCGCGCUGACGGGGCUGGCCAUCGCCACCGCGGCCAGCGGAUGUCUCCGACGCGACGCGCCCGCGACCGGCCGCAGGCGCGCCGUCGCUGUCAAGCUCUCCACCAUCGCCUGGGUGGUGGCGGCGGUGGCGGCGGUGAUGUUCCUUUACGGCGCGGCGAUGAACCGGGGCGGGACGCGGGACCUCUCGGCGAGGAGGGAGGGCCGGCGCUACGGCCGCGGCUACUACUACGGCUGCACCGUGCUCAAGAGCGGCGUCUUCGCCACGGCGUCCAUCUUGUCCGCCGUGGCCACCGGGUGCGCCAUCGCGGCCUACGUCUACUUCCAGCGGACGGACGAGCCGGCGCCGGGCCACUUCGUCGCGCCGGGCGUCGCGAUGGGACAGCCGCAGUGGGCGCAGCCGUAUCCUCCACCGCCCUACCCGCCGCCUAUGGCUUACCCUGCUCCUCCCCAGUACGGGCACGGCGGCUACGGCCCCAAGCAACCUGCGGGCACAGCUUGA